CCUCUCUCAACCUUCAGUUGAGAACAAAACAAUGAAGUGCCUUUGGUUUUCAGUUUUAUUUGUUACACUUUAUGUUACAUUUUCUUCUGCUGUUCCACUGCUUUCAGAAAUAGAGAAAAAUGAAAAGGACUGGCAAUUUGCAGAGACAUAUUUGAACAGAUUUUACAAGCUUGAAGACAGAUCACCAAAGUUUGCGAAAAAAAUGGAAAACUAUGUAUCAAAGAGUUCCCUAUCAGAUAAGAUUAAGAAAAUGCAAGAAUUUUUUGGCCUUAAGGUAACUGGAAAUCUGGAUUCUGCAACAAUGGAAGUAAUGGAAAAGCCUCGAUGUGGAGUCCCUGACGUUGCUGAAUACAAUCUCUUUCCUAGGAAGAUUAAAUGGAAGAAAAAUAAUAUCUCAUACAGAAUUGUAAACUAUACACCAGACAUUUCACCUGCGGAUGUGAAUACAACAAUUAAGAAUGCCUUUAAGAUUUGGAGUGAUGUCACACCUUUAAACUUCACAAAAAUCUACGAAGGAGAAGCUGAUAUCAUGAUUGCUUUCGGGGCUCAAGAACACGGUGAUAAUUAUCCCUUUGAUGGACCUGAUGGAUUAUUGGCCCAUGCUUUUCCCCCUGCAGCUGGCAUUGGAGGGGAUACUCACUUCGAUGAAGAUGAGACCUGGACAAUGGGACCGAAUGGCUAUAACCUGUUCCUUGUGGCUGCCCAUGAAUUUGGCCACGCACUGGGACUCGCUCACUCUCGUGAUCCAGGUGCAUUAAUGUACCCGACCUAUUCAUACACCAGUAUGGAUGAGUUCCGCCUUUCUUGGGAUGAUGUCAAGGGAAUCCAGGCUCUGUAUGGUAAAUCAAAUGAAGUCAAUCCAAGCCCCAAACCACCACCACCACGGACCCCAGAGAAAUGUGAUCCAAACUUGUCCUUUAAUGCAGUUGCUGGGCUUCGGGGAGAAAUGAUGUUUUUCAAAGACAGGUUUUUCUGGAGAAGAAAUGCACAACUGCCUGAGGUUGAUUUGACUUUAAUUAGAUCAUUCUGGCCAAAGUUACCUGCACGGAUCGAUGCUGCGUAUGAAAAUCGGGAGAGGGAUUUCCUGGUUGUUUUUAAAGGAAACAAAUAUUGGGCCAUCAAUGGCUACAAUAUCAUGCCAGGUUAUCCAAAGUACAUCUACCAAUUGGGUAUUCCAAAAUCCAUCAGGAAAAUCGAUGCAGCUGCUCAUAUUGAGGAGACAUCAAAGACACUGUUCUUUGCAGGAGACCAGUACUGGAGUUAUGAUGAAGCCAAAAGAGUCAUGGAUGAAGGUUACCCACGCCUGAUAGCAGAUGACUGGCCAGGAAUCUCAGGGAGAGUGGAUGCAGUAUUUGCACAGCGUGGGUAUAUUUAUUUUUUCCGUGGACCAAAUCAGUUCCCGUUCAACAUCAGACAGCAGCAAAUGGUUUCAAUACAGAGAAUCAAUCAAUGGCUGGGCUGUUAG